GCGGCGCCUGAUGGGAAAGCGGCGCCGGGAGGGCGCUGAGGGGCGGCCCGGUGAUGGCUGCGGCGCCGCCGGGGCAGGAGCUGUGCCCGCACUGCCACCGGCCCUUCAAGCGGCUCCGCACCCACCUCCCGCACUGUAAGGCUGCGCCGAAACCAGCCCCCGCCAGCGCCCCGGGGUCAGGCCUAGGACUAGGCCGCGGCCCGGCCGCCGGUAGUGCUUCAGGCCUAGGCCGCGGCCCGGUCACCGGGGCCCCAGCGCCCGGGAGCGGCUCUGGCUCUGUAAGCGGGCCGGGGACAGGCAGCAGGCCGCGGGAGGGAGCGGCCGGUAAGAGCAGUAAGCGGCUGCCCGGUCCCGGUGUAGGGCAGGGGCUGCCCGGCGCGGCCCCCCGGGAGGAGGCCCGGAAGGGAAAGAAGGCUGCGGCAGGGCAGGGUGGGGGGUCGGGCCUCGGGCUUCGACGCCCGCCCGACGGACGCCACACGGAACAGAUACGGGAUGUAGCCAGAUCCCUUGAUUUGCUCCCUGAGGAAGUCCAGGAUAUACCCGAAAAGUUGAGUAACGGAGUGAAAAUAGUAAUAGAGAAGCACCGUGCCAAGGUCAUCAGGGAGAAGAGCGGUUCCAGGAGCAGGGAUGCUUCAGCUGGAAGCCACAGCACAGGCAGGUCACCCGUGGAAAGGCCAAAUCCAGGCAGUGCUGCUGAGCACGCUGGUGCAGCCCAGCCUGACCCACGGGAGGGAAUAACCCACCCAGAAAUCGCAAACAGCGAGACACAUGGCUGUGGAGCUGCAGAGAACGCAUCUGCGAGCAUAAAGGGAGAAAAAGGCAGUAGUUUAAAGGCAACAAAAACGCACGUACUUCAAGAUCCCCCCGAAGCUGACUGCAGAAGUGGCCCCGGUGACCUCGUUCAGCAGGAGGGAGUAGACAAAACCGUGACAGAAGAGAAGCAGAUGUACCUAGAAGUCGGUGUGGAAUAUAAAGCCCCUCUUUCUGCUUUGCAUACCAAGAACGUCCAUCUGUCAGUGAUGGAGGGUUUCAAAGGUCACAAUGAAAAGACAUCCAAAAAUUACCUAACCAGCAUACAAAAGCUUCGAGAGAGCGGGCAGCAGAUGGCUGCAGUUUCUGAGCCCAUCCUGAAUGCGAGGAGAGACACGGGGCUGGCUCUGAACCAGUUCUUGCUCCACACCUCCAAAAGCCAACCCAUCUGUCCGGCCCAGGCCUCUGGCAGGAGCACGCCGGCGGGUGCCGUGGGCUUGGAGUGGUUUCCAGACUUAUAUCCUAAUUAUCACGGGCUGAGUAUUUUUCCAGGGAAGCCCUUUCAACAAGGCGUGGAGAUCAUAACGAAGCCACCGGAGGGCAAUGUCUCAGACAGACAACAAGCUCUGAUGUCUCAUCACACAGGUCCCCUCUCAGAAAGGCGCCUGAUGGAAGUCAGGCUGGGGGAGCUGCCUGCCUGGCUCACCACCCGAGACUUCUCUCCCCGGGGGCUGCUUGGAGGAGUGCAGAAAGCCUGGAGCAGUUAUUACAACAAAUACAUCAACGUGAAGAGGGGGGGACCGGCGGGGAUCUCCAUGCUGCUGGCUGGGUACUGCCUCCUCAGCUACAGCUGGAACUACCAGCACAUCAAAUGUCAUCGUUGGCGUAAAUACCACUGAAGAAGCUGGAAAGCACCCGAGGAAGUGUCACCGAUACCUGACCAGAGUCAGCAGAAGCACUCAGGAGUGGGGUCCUGGCAGGGAUUGGAAUCAGCAGAAGCACUUUUGUUGUCAGAAAUGGGUUCUUCAGUCGUUGAGGGAGUUGUUUUCUAGUUUCCCUCCUGCAGCCAGAGGGGUGACACUGACAGUAACAGCCUGUGGUCACCGCUCUGCGGUUCAGGAAGCAUUUAGUGCUGAAAGAAGAGGCUGUUAGAGCUGCCCCUUAGGGGGGUGUUUGCAGUAGAGCUCUUGUAGUCUGCAGGAGCCCAAAUCUCUCACUUUGGGACACUAAACACAGGAGAACUCCUUGAUCUGGGCUGUUAAUAUAGAUUGACACGUAUGUCGUAGUUGGUGUUUGGCAAUAAGGUUUGUGGUGGAUUGUGACAGGGUGGGGGUUCGGCCAGAAUAACCAUUUCCUUUAAAUUAACAGAGUUGUGGCCAGCACAGCCCUUUUGUUUUUUGGCUUCCCCCUCUUUCCACAGGAAGCACAAUGAGGUUUUGCUACCGAGGGGUGGUCCCAGCCCCUUGCUCCACUGGCAGCAGGACACUGGUGGCACUGCCCGGGCUCUGAGGGAAGGCAUGAAAGCAGCAGUGCCCUAGUUCUGCAGGAACUAAAAAAAAAAAAAAAAUCCAUUGGAUUUUUAGCUGUUGUGCCCAAGGGGCAAACCAAUGUCUGCAUCAGACAAACGAGGCCAGUUAGGAGAGGGCUAGUUGUAGCCUGCCAGCGCCAAACGUGUCUGGAAAAGGACUGGUCUUGUUACAGGCACGAAGGGUAAAAGAGAAAAAAAAGCCAAGGAAAAAAUAAUAUCCGAGCUCUUUAUUCCAAGAGUGGUGCAGCAGUGCUGGGUCAGAGGCGUUCCACCAACAAUUCCCUGGCAAUAAAAGACUUGGUGAAUUUUCUGAUUCUA